AUGACAGUUCCUGGAGCGACCUGGACUGCAAAGGGGACAAACCAGCAUGUUCAAGCCCAUGGAGGAGAUAUCACCCAAGUUGGCUCAACGUACUAUUGGAUUGGGGAGAACAAGCUUUCCGGGAGCGCAUUCCAAUCAAUCAACUGCUAUUCCAGUACCGAUCUUGUUCAGUGGACCUUUGUGAACGAACUCCUAACAUUGCAACCGGGUGGGGAUCUUGGGCCAAACCGUGUUGUCGAAAGACCACAUGUUAUCUACAACUCUCAAACAUUAACAUAUGUUAUGUGGAUGCAUAUUGAUUCUAGCGAUUACCAAGAAGCCAAAGCUGGAGUUGCUACUUCACCAACAGUUUGUGGCAAUUAUGCGUAUCAAGGCUCUUCUCGGCCGCUUGGUUUUGAAUCAAGAGAUAUGGGCCUUUUUAAAGAUACUGAUGGUAGUGGCUAUCUCCUUUCUGAGGACCGAUCUAAUGGCCUACGAAUUGAUAAGCUAUCUUCAGAUUACCUAAGCGUGGAAUCUACAGUCUAUAUCCUUGCUGAUUAUGAAUCGCCUGCUAUGUACAAGUCUAAUGGCACUUAUUUUAUGUUUGGUUCAAGCUUAACUGGAUGGAAUGCAAAUGACAACGUGUACACUACAGCAACUAGUCUCCUUGGCCCGUGGGCAGAAUGGAAAACGUUCGCAGCCCCUGGCUCUAACACAUACAGCUCCCAAACAACCGCUGUGGUAUCUAUUAAUGGGGUUGUUAUGUAUAUGGGGGAUCGCUGGGUAUCUAACAACCUUAUGUCAUCAACUUACAUCUGGCUACCGUUAACAAUAUCAGGCACUACUGCCACAAUGGACAACAGGAAUAAUUGGAUAAUUAACCCCUCUGCUGGAACCUGGUCAUCACCUCCUACGGAAACAGUUAUAGAAGCUGAAAGCUGCUCUAACAUCCUCAUAGGGGGUGCUACAGUCGUAUCAUGCUCAGGAUGCUCUAAUGGCAAAGCUGUUGGGUGGAUUGGUGGCUCUGGAAACGGCACCUUGACAUUCCCUGCUAUUUCUAGUUGGACUUCUACUACUACAACGAUUCGGAUCCAACAGCAGAAUGGGGACGGGGUUCAAAGAUAUGGAAAUGUGACGGUUAAUGGUGUCUCGAACAUAAUCGCUUUUGUGCCGACUCCGAACGGGAAUACUCCAGGGACUUCUGUCUUGACUGUUCCGCUCAAAAAAGACUCAGCAAAUGUGAUCAAGUUUGAGGCGUAUAAUGGUGGAUAUGUUGCUGAUAUCGAUCGAUUAAUAGUGCCCAUUUCUUAAGAGUAGGCACGCUGUUAUGCAUACUGAUUGGCCUUCGGUGGUUUAUCUUACAGUGAAUAGCACAGUCUCAGUAAACUAAUCUGUUGAUAGUGAUGGUAUAAAGCAGUGUUGUGUUGUGCAGUGUUUCCACGUUUUACAUUCUAUAUAAGGUGGCAGA